AUGCCGCGAGGCUCCGCCGCAUCCGCUUCGGCCGACGACGGCCGGGGCGACCGGCCGGCCCCGACCGCCGGCUCGCCCUCACUGCGGCGGAUCCAGAAGGAGCUCGCGGAGGUGAGCCUGGACCCGCCCGCCAACUGCACGGCCGGGCCCAAAGAUGACAACCUGUACGAAUGGGUGUCCUCGAUCAAGGGCCCGGAAGGCACGCCGUACGCGGGGGGCCUGUUCUUCCUGGACAUCACAUUCCCGACGGACUACCCCUUCCGGGCGCCGAAGGUGGUCUUCAAGACACGUAUCUACCACUGUAAUGUCAACAAUUCAGGCCACAUCUGCCUGGACGUCCUGAAGGACCAGUGGAGUCCAGCGCUGACAGUGGGCAAGAUCCUGCUAUCUGUGAGCGCACUGCUGAGUGAGCCCAACCCACACGACCCCCUGGUGCCCAACAUCGCACAGGAGCUCCUCACAGACAAGGAGGAGCAUGAUCGCAUGGCUGCGGAGUGGACCAAGCGGUAUGCCAUGUCCUGA